AUGACAGCCGGGACCGUGGUCAUCACAGGUGGAAUAUUAGCGACUGUCAUUUUACUUUGUAUCAUCGCUGUCCUGUGCUACUGUAGGCUCCAGUACUACUGCUGCAAGAAGGAUGAGUCCGAGGAGGAUGAGGAGGAGCCCGACUUCGCCGUGCACUCCCACAUCCCGCCGCUCCACUGCAACCGCAACGUAGUGCUGACCAACGGCCCGUCCCUCUACGCCUCAUCACCCUUUGGCAAGAAGCCGGCACCGAGCCGGCCCAGCUGCCCCGGCUGCGCGCCGUACGAGCCCCCCACCUUCUUCCUGCAGGAGCCCCCCGAGGAGCUGCACAACGGGGGUGACCGGGUGAGCUACAAGACGGUGAGCCAGGAAGAUCUCGACCUGCCGGUGAGCGUGGCCAACCUGCAGGCACUCAACCCCAACCGGCUCUCGGCCAUGCGGGAAGCCUUCUCCCGCAGCCGCAGCAUAAGCACCGACGUGUGA